CGUGGCUUCUUGUUGUCGCUCGACUUCGCGAUCGGUGGCGAUGCAAUAUUCGACGCUAGCUCCGCCUUGUCACAGCUGGCUCCUCUAGGCGAUACGAGGAUGGGACCUAUUAGUGUUGUGGUAUAUGAUCCACGACUGGAACAUCUCCCAACAACUCGAGUUAUUGGGACCAAUUGGUUCUUGACAUGGUAUCAGAGCCUUCUGUGACCGAGAGGUCUUGUGUUCGAUUCCCGGUGACCCCCAUUUGUUAAGCACAUGGUAUUCUUGUCUUCAGACCUGUGCAAACUUCAAGCCCUUGUGAGUGGCUUUCGUUUGAGGGGGCGUGUUAGUGUUGUGGUAUAUGAUCAACGAUUGAACCUCUCCCAACAACUCGAGUUAUUGGGACCAACUGGUUCUUGACAGGACCGAUGGUGAUUCGAUCGAUGGAUGACUGGUGAUUUGGGUGAUUCGGCCAGAGCUUGUGGUGAUUUGGAUGACUGGUGUCUCCCUCUCAAAUCCUUAUGUGGCUUCCCUAAUCCACCCGGUGACAAGAACCUGGAAUUUCGACCACCUUCGAAGCCUCUUCCAUUCGGACAGCAUCAAGUGGAUCCUCUCCAUUUCGUUGUGUCGUCUUCUCCUCUGCCAGACAAACUUAUUUGGCACUACUCUUCCAACGGGGUCUACAACGUCAAGUCAGGGUAUCAGGUGUUGUUGGAGGAUCGCGCGGCUUCCUUUGAUCCACUCCCUCACCAUUUGGAUUCGAAAUUCUGGAAGUGUUUGUGGAAUCUCCCCAUACCUCCAAAAUUGAAAAUUUUCUUGUGGAGACUUGUGCGCGGUUUUCUCCCGCUGUGUACAGUGUUAAAACAGAAGACAUUGUGUGAUGUUGAUACCUGCCCAAUCUGUUCGGUGGAAGCUGAAACUUUCUCACACUGCUUCUUUAAUUGCAGGAUUGCGCGUGGACUUUGGGAACUUGCAGGGCAGGAGACGAUUCGUCAGGAUGUGUGUGUGCUAACUCCGGAUGUUGCAUGGCAUCGUAUUUUCUUUUCCUUGCAGCUUUCAAAAGUGCAGAUUGCUGAGAUUGUAUUCCUCUCCUGGCGAGUUUGGAAAGCCAGGUGCUGGUCUGUCCAUGACCGCGUCCAGUAUUUGCCGCCUGCCUUGGUCCGCCAGUUCCGUAGUCAUCUCAGUGAGUGGCAAGACGUCUCUAAUGGAAGACAACCCAGCCAGCCUAUGACCCGGCAGCGUGGUGAGCAGCCUCCUACGAUAUCUUGCCCACCUGGGGGUAUUUUGAUUCGGUUUGAUGGGGCCUUUCGCAAGUAUGUUGGUGGCAGCUCAGGCUUCGUGGGAUUCGCGGAGGACUCAUCCCUCGUAUGUGCGUAUGGUAAGUUCUAUGCAGGUUUGAAUGAUCCUUUUCUCUCUGAGCUACUUGCCCUCCGUGAUUCGAUGCUAUGGUGUCUUCAGCAUGGGUUUUAUAACGUGUGUUUUUGUGGUGAUUCCCAAUUGGUUAUACGUCGAGUGGCGAAGAAUGCAGUGCAGCAUGAGACUGGAGGAGCAAUCCUGGAGGAAGUUUGUCUGCUCAGAUCCAGCUUCCAGUUCAGCCGGUUUGCUUUUGCUUCCCGUAGGACUAACAGGGCUGCCCAUUUAGUGGCAAAAACGGCCCUUGCAUUGGUAGCUCGGCAUUCGGUCGACUACCGCUAUUUACUUUUCAAUUCUCUGUAAUCAACUGUCUAGCUACUUUCUAUCUAUGGAAAAAAAAACGGUGAGGUUCCAUUAGGAUUAGGUUAAAUAUAUUAAUUACGGUAGG